GAAGUAGUUGUUCACUUUUUCGCUUUUUCGAGAUCUACAAAAUGGCGAACAGUGUUUUUUUAUGAGGAUGGACAAGACAAUCUUUACAAUGAACAGGGUGAAAAAGUUUAUGAUCCAAUGGAGGGCAUCUUACCUCAAAUCUCAGACCCUAACAUUGUUCUUCAAACAAUAACAAGUCAACAGACGUAUUUAGCUCUCAAACCUGCAGAGAGAAUCUUUGAGGAGAAGGUUGCUAAACAGCCAAAAGUUGUAAAAUCGAAUUCGAAAGUGUACAAUGAUUAUAGCGAUAGAGAAAGAGAAAGGUUUAUAGACCGAAUGAUAGAAGUACCUGAGGAGCGAGGUAGUAUAACCAUGUUUGCAAGGGAGCUCGCCAUCGAUCCCCGUACUGCUGAAAGAUGGUGGAAAAGUUACAAUAAGACUGGAGAGGUGCCAUACAAAAAAUCGAAGAUUAACAGUGGCCCAAAAAUUUCUAUUACUGCCAAACAUGAAGAGUGUAUAGAACGUUUGAUUGAUCAAGAUCCUCAGCUCUUUGCUGAAGACAUCAUAGAAGACUUGGCUAAGCAGUUUGAGGGCUUUUCUAUUUCAAAAUCGCGACUUAAUCACUAUUUGAAGAAUGACAUGCAGAUCACUAUAAAAAAACCUACUUUUGAAGCUGAAAUAAGGAAUUCCGUAAACAACUUGAAUACAAGAUUCGAGUGGUUUAUGAAAUGGAAAGACACAAGCCUUGAUUAUACAAAGAAUUGUGUGUUCAUUGAUGAGGCUGGGUUUAAUAUCAUUUUGAAAAAGCCAUCACCCAAAUUCGAAACAGAAGCUGGAAAUAAAAAGAAAAGAAAGGUCAACAAUGGUAAAAAAAGAGCUGCAGCUGAGAUCAAUAGUGAGGAACCGAUUGUAGAUAUUGCUGACAUUACUAAGCCAGCAUCAAAAGGGAAGUUACAUCGUUAUGGACAAUGCUUCAAUCCAUAA